AUGACAUCCAUUAAGUUUCCUAACCACAACGGUGAAGCAACAUACAAAACACAAACACACAUACACAUAAUGAAGACCGCUAUCAUUUUCGCUUGCUUGUUGGCCGUUGCCUUCGCCCGCCCAAAUCCAGAUGCCGAGAUUGUCAAGCAAGACUCCGACGUUGGACCUGAAAGCUAUCAAUUCGCUGUUGAGACCAGCGACGGUACCCGCAAGGAGGAGUCCGGCAAAUUGAACAAUGUCGGCUCUGACCACGAAUCUCUUGCUGUUAGCGGUAGCUUCUCAUGGACCGAUGAAAAGACUGGCGAGAAAUUCACCGUCACCUACGUUGCCGAUGAGAACGGUUUCCAACCACAAGGUGCUCAUUUGCCAGUUGCUCCUGCAGUUUAAGUGUGUUUGUUGUAAUUGAAUAAUUAUGCAGUUUGUUUUAAAUAUCAAAUUUGUAUAAUUGAAAGAAAAAAACUGAAAUAAUAAUUGCUUAGCUGCCGUGACCGAAAAGCUUAAAAAAUAA